GCUGUGAAACAUUGGAAAUUCAGGCCAGCACUUCUCAGUCCACAGUGGCCAUUAACAGGGUUUUUAUCCAUUUUCCCCACAAUUAUUCUAUUUAACCACAGAUAACCAUAUCUAUUUAACAGCUUGAUGGGGGUGGUGAGACAGCCCUACCUGGAUCCUUUUUGGCUGGAUCUACAGGAAUCUAGGUGAGAAGGUAUUGAUCAGGCUGCUGAGGAUGCUGGACCAGAGACCCAAGACUUGUCAGUUUCUCAUUCCCGUAAACAGCUCAAGGAUAAAAACACCAGCCAACUGGCUCCCUCCAGGACAACUGCCUCCAGGGACAACUGCUGUUCUGAUUUCUUUCACCAAAAAGUUCUGCCUGUUCUUAAGACUCAAAACUGGAAUCAUGCACUGUGACAAUGGAGACAGUGUUGGCCCGGCUGAAGCUCCUGAAUCCAGAUGACCUUAGAGAAGAGAUUGUCAGAGCUGGCCUGAAGUGUGGGCCCAUCACGGCAACCACCCGGUUUGUGUUUGAGAAGAAGUUGGCUCAGGCUUUGCUGGAGCAGGGUGGGGCACUGCCUGCCUCCCUUCCCAACCAUGUCGGCCCGGACACACCGAGCAUGCUGAUCACUGCUGCGGGCACAAGGGCCAGUUGCUCUGAGGACAGAGAUUUUGGUUACAAUGUGGGAUUGAACCCCCCAGAGGAGGAGGCCGUGAUGUCCCAGACCUGUCCAGUGCCCCUCAGUGCCUCGGCUGGGAUUGGCACCCAGAAGGCUGGAGAGACGGUCACCAAGGCACCAGCCCUGUACUACGGUGUGUGCCCCGUGUAUGACGAUGGCCCCACGAGAAACGAAAGGAUCCAUGUUUAUGCAGAUAAAAAGGAAGCAUUGCAAGCUGUCAAAAUGAUCAAAGGGUCCCGGUUUAAAGCUUUUCCAACCAGAGAAGAUGCUGAGAAAUUUGCUAGAGGAAUUUGUGAUUAUUUUCCUUCUCCGAACAGAGCCUCGUCCCCGCUGUCCCCUGGGAAGGUGGCUCCGCUCUUCAGCAGUGGAGGGUGGAAAGAUGGUUUGUGCUUGUCCGAAUCAGAAACAAUAAACAAAGAGGGAGCAAACAGUUAUAAAAGCCCCCGCACACAGGACCUCACUGCUAAGCUACGGAAAGCCGUGGAGCAGGGAGAAGAAAAGGCCUUCUCCGACCUCGUCUGGAGCAAUCCCCGGUACCUAAUUGGCUCAGGGGACACCCCAACCAUCGUACAGGAAGGAUGUAGGUACAAUGUCAUGCAUGUUGCUGCCAAGGCGAACCAGGCUUCUAUCUGCCAGCUGACGCUGGAGACUCUGGAAAACCCCGAGUUCAUGCAGCUUAUGUACCCGGAUGAUGACAUGGGCAUGUUGCAGGAGCGCAUCCAGUACCUCGUGGACCUGUAUUUGAACACUCCUGACAAGGUGGGGUACGACACACCACUGCAUUUUGCUUGUAAGUUUGGGAAUGUGGAAGUUGUCAAUGUGCUUUCUUCACACCCUUUGAUUGAGAAAAAAACAAGGAAUAAAUAUAACAAAACACCUGAAGAGGUGAUUUGUGAAAGAAACAAAAAUAAACCUGUAGAACUAAAAGAGAGGAUCAGAGAAUAUUUACAGGGUCACUACUACGUGCCGCUUCUGAGAGCAGACAAUACCUCCUCGCCUGUCAUUGGGGAGCUGUGGUCCUCAGCCCAGACGGCCGAGGCCUUGCCUGCUGGCCGCUGUGGAGCCAACCCCCGGGACCCUGUGCAGACCGUGAGGGCCUUUGCGGGGCCCCUGAGUCCAGCCAAGGCAGAAGAUUUUCGAAAACUCUGGAAAACUCCGCCUCGAGAGAAAGCAGGCUUCUUCCACAGUGUCAGGAAGUCUGACCCAGAAAGAGGCAUUGAGAGAGUUGGAAGGGAGCUCGCUCAUGAGCUGAAGAUUCCCUGGGCUGAGUACUGGGAAUUUCUGGACUGCUUUGUGGAUCUGUCUUCUCAGGAGGGGCUGCAAAGACUAGAAGAGCAUCUUGCUCAACAGGAAAUGGACAAAAAGGCUCAACAGGAAACAGGAGAAAAUGAAGCCUGCCGCCGAGAGAAAGCCUUUGCCUCUGGCCAUGAGCAGCAGUGCUGCAACUCUGUUUCCGUGGGUGCGUUUCUAGAUGGACAUGGUGAUGUGAGCCUGGAAGAAAUGAAAGAUCGGCAGAACGCAGCACAGAACCACAGCCAGCCUGCAGCUGAUGCUUCCAGGAACCUGGAGCCCAAGGCUAAGGCAGACUGCACAGCAGCCUCGGGCCUGUGCCGCACCGACCCGAAUGGGCUCUGCUGUCCGAGUCCCAGCCAGGCCCUGUGUGGGAGACCAGAGGCCCCUGGAACAGAGCAGGCCCUUCUGUCACGUGUCUCCAGUUUGAUGAUUGAGUUCGAUAAACUGAAUUUGCAAAAUGAAGUUAGUGGCCUUUCCAAGACACCAAAUACAGAUAAGAAAACUAAAGAUAAGAGAAAGAACACAGUAGAAAACGACUUGUUGGCACCUGCUCCUGCUGCAGACAAACCUGGAAAUAACCAAACAGGGGUAGAAAAUGACAUGUCAGGUGUGCUGGCUACAAUGUCCUUGGAUUCCAAGUCCCAGGCUGUGCCAGGUCCUGUGACCAACCCCACCACCAGGCUCUUCCUUUGUGGGGGGGAUCCUUGCAAGCUGGACCAGGACGUCUUAGCUGCUCUGCAGGGUGCAGAUGUCGACCCUCAUCGGUAUCCGGCAGUGUACCAGUGGAGGAAUGCUGUCCUGUGCUACUCGCCCACAGACAGGCGGAGUUGGCCAAGCCCGGCACUGAAAGGAAAGCUCAAGUGUCAGCUGCCGGACCUCGGCUGUCCCCACAGUGGCAGCCCAGGGCGAAGCGGUCGGGAUGGCAGCAGCCCCGGGAGGCCUGGCCAUGGCCCUCACUCCCCUGGCCUGGGCAGCCCCGGGCGCUACAGCCCUGCACAUGGGCGCCUUCUGCGCCGGACAGCCAUCCCCAGCACCGAGCUCACGGCCUUGUAGGCAGCAGUCGUUCUCUUCACUUUCAGAGGAAGAGGGUGAUGUGCUUACUAGGAAGAGUUCACAAAGGAGCAUAUUCUGAGUAACACACAUUCUGCACUUGGAAGGUACAGGGAUUUUAGAAAUGCCAAUGUGAAAAUCAGUGAUGUCGUGGAAGAAGCUGUCAACAGCCACCUGAAAUACAGAUCUUGUGUACUGUCUGUGUGGCACUGAGGACUUCACCUGCAGUGCCCCACUGACCACUCAGGAUGAAUGUGAGGCUGGGCUGUAUUUGGCCCCCUUCUCCUGGAGCAGCUUCCUAUUGCAUGAUGACGGCUUCCCACCUGUCGGUGGAAGGGGACAGAUGAGCUUGACCAUUGAAGGCUGGCAGCAGGGUUGGAAACUUCACUGGCCAGAAGCUGGGUGUGGUGGUACGUGCCUGUAAUCCCAGCACUUGGGAGGCUGAGGCAGGAGGAUCACUGAUCACUGCGAUUUCAAGGCCAGCCUGCACUUCAAAGUGAGACCCUGUCUUAAAAAAAAAAGAGAGAUUCCUCUCAGGGUUGGAAGUCAAGUAGCUACAGGGAACCCAGCAGCAAUCACUAACAGGUGUUCUCAUUUCCACCUGAAUAUAAAGGACCUUUGAGCCCAGCUUGGUGGUGCACACCUGUAAUCCCAGAACUCAGAGGCUGGGGCAGCAGGAUCACCAUGAGUUCGAGGCCAGCCUGGACUGCAUAGUGAGACCUUAUUGCAAAAACCAAAAAAAACAGCAUUGUGCCACUGCUCAGAGCCAGAGUUGUCAUUUCUGUCCCUUUAGGGUCUCUGGAUGCAAAGUAUGGUUGGGGGUGGGGGGUAUUGUCACCAUGUGCCUGCUGCCCUGUUCCCUGGGGGAAAUGCCUGGGGUCUGGCAUCUGGACCUGGGAUCUGGUCCAGAACAAGUUCUAUAUCCCGCCUCAACCAGCUUCAGUGCCUUCUGUAAAGCAGUUCGUUUUCCAGGAUUUACUGUUUGAGAAUAUACAAUGAUACUAAGGAGGUGUAAGAUUUCUUCUUUCAUAAAAAUUCUGAAUUGAAACAUGCUUUUUAAAAAAGCUUAUUUCUUAUGAUAAACAGGUCAAACAUAUUGGAACUGAGAUUUCAUUUUUAAAACUCAAGUUUGUAGGUCGGGGAUUUAGCUCAGUGGCACUGCACCUCCCUUGCAAGUGCAAGGUCCUGAGUUUGAUCCCCGGUACCAAAAAAAAAAAACAAACCUCAAGUUUGUUACAUGAGUUUUCAUAUGCUGUGUAGCAGACGAGAUCUGAAUAUAAGACAAAUAGUUCAGUCAGUCUGAGAACUGCAUUUUGAAAAGCAUCUUUGUUCUCAGAACAUGAAGAUUAUGCUCAGUGAUGAUCUCUUUAAAGUCUUACUACAGCACCUUGUGUGGUUGUAAAUGUUUCAAAUAGAAAUUAAAAUAUUGUUUUUGUCUUGGUUUUGUAGAUGCUUGUUCUGUGAAGUUUUAGGCCCCUUUUGUGAGACAAGCAAUAUGUACUCCCCUAAAACACUGUGUGUCACUUGGGUGAUGUGUCCUUUCAAAACCACUUCAUGGAAUAAAUUAUUUUUACACCACA